GGUCUAGCCCCUGACCUCACUCGGGUUAGGAGUGGAAGCGGAACUGUGGGAGACUGCCUGGACCCCACUCGGUAAGCAUGGCGCUGCUCAAAGUCAAGUUUGACCAGAAGAAGCGGGUCAAGCUGGCCCAGGGGCUCUGGCUUAUGAACUGGUUGUCCGUGUUGGCCGGCAUCAUCCUCUUCAGCCUGGGGCUGUUCCUGAAGAUUGAACUCCGCAAGAGGAGCGAGGUGAUGAAUAAUUCUGAAAGCCACUUUGUCCCCAACUCCCUGAUAGGGGUGGGGGUACUGUCCUGUGUCUUCAACUCGCUGGCUGGCAAGAUCUGCUACGACGCCCUGGACCCUGCCAAGUACGCCAAGUGGAAGCCCUGGCUGAAGCCGUACCUGGCCGUCUGCGUCCUCUUCAAUGUCCUCCUCUUCCUCGUGGCUCUCUGUUGCUUCCUGCUGCGGGGCUCCCUGGAGAGCACGCUGGCUUACGGGCUCAAGAAUGGGAUGAAGUACUAUCGGGACACGGACACCCCGGGCAGAUGCUUCAUGAAAAAGACCAUCGACAUGCUUCAAAUCGAGUUCAAGUGCUGCGGCAACAACGGCUUCCGGGACUGGUUCGAGAUCCAGUGGAUCAGUAAUCGCUACCUGGACUUUUCCUCCAAGGAGGUCAAAGAUCGGAUCAAGAGCAACGUGGAUGGGCGGUACCUGGUGGAUGGGGUCCCUUUCAGCUGCUGCAACCCCAGCUCGCCACGGCCCUGCAUCCAGUACCAGCUCACCAACAACUCGGCACACUACAGCUACGACCACCAGACCGAGGAGCUGAACCUCUGGCUUCGGGGCUGCAGGGCCGCCCUGCUGAAUUACUACAGCAGCCUCAUGAACUCCAUGGGCGUGGUCACACUCCUGGUCUGGCUCUUUGAGGUGAGCAUCACUGCCGGACUCCGAUACCUGCACACAGCGCUGGAGAGCGUGUCCGACCCUGAGGACCCUGAGUGUGAGAGCGAGGGCUGGCUGCUGGAGAAGAGCGUGUCGGAGACCUGGAAGGCCUUUCUGGAGAGCUUUAAGAAGCUAGGCAAGGGCAAUCAGGUGGAGGCUGAGGGCGCCGAUGCAGGCCAGGCCCCAGAGGCUGGCUGAUGGCCUGGGGCCUCUCCCCUCCUCCACACUUAGCGGACUCCAGGAAAUGUGGGUACCCCCUUGUCCAGCUGAAAGUCCAAAUUUCCCAAGAAAGCUGGGCACCUACCGACUCUCCUUGACCGUGGGCCUUGAAGUUCAAGGGUCCUCAGAGCACGUGGCAAACGCCUGUGAAAUGGCUGCCCCCAAAAGUGAGUGAAUGAACCCUUCCAGUGGAUGUCCAGUCUCACAGGGGCCGGCCGUUCCAGGACUCAUCUCUGUCCGAGCGUGAGUCCGGCUCUCCCACAGGUGACUGGCCGGCACCAAGGCCCCUCCCCCGGUAGUGUCUGCCUCUUUUAAGUUCUGCAUCCAAACCAUCACUUGAUACAUAAACACAAGGGUGAAAAAACCCAAGGGCCACGUUGUCUUUUCUUUAAUGACAGGGUUAACAAGCCGGUCAUCGUUUCCUUAAUGUUAGAUAAUGGGAGAGGGGCGGCUGUAUUUUUAUAAGGGCAAUGGAGUCCUCCAGAGGGUUACCUCCACAGGAAUUCACAGACGGUGAAGAGGUGAGGACUCUCCUUUACCAAAAGUGAUUGUCCCCAUCCCUGCCCCUCAGCCACUUACUCCAGCUUGAACCAAGGGCUGGCAUGUCCCAGCAUCCCUUCUGCUCACGAAGUGCUGGGUGAGCCGCUGUCUGUGGUCUGUCUGAGAAAGAACAGGGUGAGCUUGCUGUCCUUCUGUGGAUGAGCAGUGACCCUCAGACAAGAGUCUACCCCCUUGGGGACCAGGCCUUACCUCCUGGUGGGCUGGGAACAUGGGCUCAGGCGGCCAUGACAGUCCUUGUGGACUGCACAUGAGGGAACUUCUGUUUCCCCUCCCGCAAAGCCCCGUGGGAACGCUUCUGUAUCAAGGAAGACUCUUGAAGACAGGCUUUCUUUCCAAACCAGCAUGUGUGGGAAGUUGCCAUUUCUUUUGGGAAAGACAGGCAAGCUCUCCGGGGAAGUGAAGCACAGUUUUGCUGGUGCCCAGGCUGGGGGUGCCCAGAUUGCCACAGGAGUGCACUGUGUGGCUCGAACCUCUCGGGAACCAAUCAGAGAUGCUGACACCCCAACACAUCUCGGCUCCGGUGCUGUCCUCUGAGUCUCUCAGAGCAGAGGGCUGAGGCAGGCACCUGUGGUGAGGACCCUGAGUUUCCCAUCAUCCCCCAGGAGGGCUGAGAACCACUGUGAAAGCUACUUUAGACCACAUGUCACUAUGCUGUCGACAGUCGUAUUGAGAUAUUAAAAGCUAUAUUGUAUGGAAAUCACUUCUGUGACGUGGCUGUCUCAGUCCGUUCAACAG